AUGAUCGACAAGUACGUGGUCGUGAAUCUGCACUUGGGAGAGCGAGAUUGCCCAGUAUGCCUUUACGUAGCCGGAAUUGGACGCAACAGCAUCAUUCUGGGCUUCCCCUGGCUUAAAGAGUUUGACCCGAUUAUUUCGUGGUCGAACCAGACUCUAUCUUGGCGACCCGAACAGCUCACAGUUAAUCAAGUUGAUCUAGAAGAGGAGCUAAGCACUACGUGGCACGCGUUUUAUGUUAAGCGCUUGCUUAGUAGCUCCAUCCGUGAUAGCAACAAGGUUCAACUCGCAAGAUUAGAGUUGGAAGACGAAUUCUCCAAUAUUUUCUUAGGUGCAGACGAAGAAGACUUCUGCGACCAGACCAAUGACGAUUUGGAUGAAGACACAAUGGAGAUGAGGAUUAGUCAACAAUCUUUAGGAGAUUCCUCCAUCUAUCCUAAAUUAGGAGAAUUCAGUCACGACGAAUCCGCUGAAGGCGAAGUUUCUCCGGACGGCAAAGUUUAUAAGCUGUCUCCGGAAGAGACACAGCUUACCGCCGACUUUAUUAAAGAGCAUGAAGCUAAAGGCUAUAUCCAACCCUCAAAGUCACCACAGGCUUCAUCCUUUUUCUUCGUUGCUAAAGCCGACGGCAAGAAACGUCCUUGCCAGGACUAUCGAUGGCUAAAUAACUGGACCAUCAAAAACGCCUAUCCUCUCCCAAACACGCUUGUUAUUAUGGAUAAAGUUCGCGAUGCACGAUACUUCACCAAAUUUGAUAUUCGAUGGGGAUAUAACAACAUACGCAUCAAGAAAGGCCAUGAAUGGAAAGCCGCCUUCAUUACUCCAUUCGGCCUGUAUGAACCUACAGUCAUGUUUUUUGGACUUUGCAAUUUGCCUGCAACUUUCCAAGCCAUGAUGGAUUCCAUCUUCGCAGUGGAACUGCAAGAAGGAUGGCUAGUCAUCUAUAUGGACGAUAUCCUGAUCUUUUCCGACAACCUCGACUCUCUCGAUGCUUAUACCAUUCGCGUCCUCGAUAAGCUUCAGAAGAAUGAUUUAUUCCUCAAGCCAGAGAAAUGUUCAUUCGCUCAGACGAGCAUUGAAUAUCUCGGACACAUCAUUUCUAAAGGAGUUUUCAAGAUGUCGAAAAAGAAGAUUCAGGCUGUCCUAGAUUGGCCAACACCAACAACGCUUAAGCAAGUACGAUCUUUCGUAGGAUUUGGAAAUUUCUAUCAACACUUCAUCCAAAAAUACUCAGAGGUAACUCGACCCCUAAACGACCUCAUGCGAAAAGAUGUCAAAUUCGAAUGGAAUUCGGAAGCACAGCAAGCUUUUGAAGAGCUUAAAAGACGCUUCACAGAGGAACCAAUUCUCCUUAUUCCAGAUUCAACCAAACCUUUUGCUAUCGAAUCAGACGCUUCAAAGUACGCAUCAGGUGCUGUUUUACUUCAAGACGACCCCGAUGGAAGAAAGCACCCUGUCGCAUUCCUUUCCAAAUCAUUUUCUGCAACCGAACGCAACUACGAAAUUUAUGAUCGCGAGCUUCUAGCUAUCAUUCGCGCUCUAGAAGAGUGGCGACACUAUAUUCAGGGAUCAUCGCAUACAACCACAAUUUAUUCUGACCACAAGAACUUGACCUAUUGGCGACAACCUCAAAACUUGAACCGUCGACAAGCUCGUUGGCACCUUCAACUUUCAGAAUAUGAUCUUAAACUUGUGCAUAUCCCUGGCAACAAAAUGAUUCAAUCCAACACACUUUCACGACGCCCCGACCUCUGUCCAAACGAAGACCAUGAUAACGAAAAUGUCACCAUGCUCUCAGAUGACUUAUUCGUUAAUGUUAUCGAUACAGAACUUCAAAAAGCUAUAGUUGAAUCCGAAGACUAUGAUGAAGACGCAGCUGAUGCUCUCACACGGCUCAAAAGUUCCACCGUGCCGAUAGCUAUCUCCGACGAUUGGACAGUGGAAUAUUUCGACAAUAAACCGCUUCUCUUUUACCAAGGAAAAGCGUACAUCCCUAAAAGUCACGACCUCCGACGCGACAUUGUUCAAAGGCAUCACGACUCAGUUCUAGCGGGACAUCCAGGUGAACUCGAGACUUUCAAUAAAGUCCGAGCUAACUAUUGGUGGCCUGGACUUAGAACCUUUGUUCGGAAUUAUGUUAAAGGUUGCGCAACUUGUCAAGAAUUCAAGAUUGACAGACAUCCCUCGAAACCUUCAUUGGUUGCUAUUGAAGGAUCGAAGGAACUUCGACCAUUCGCACAACUUUCAAUGGACUUCCUCACCGAUCUACCACCGUCUAAUGGAUUUGAUACUAUCUUAUCCGUGGUGGACCACGGUCUUACGAAGGGGGUAGUCCUUAUUCCGACAACGAAGAAAGGUCUCAAAUCUGCUGAUGUCGCUCAACUUUUGAUCGACAAUGUAGUCAAACGCUUUGGAAUACCGACAAAAAUCAUUUCCGACCGCGAUGUUCGAAUGGCAGUCAACUCGUACAAGGAACUUUGGCGACUUCUUGGUACCGAAAUAGCGCUUUCAUCGGCCUACCACCCUAUUACCGAUGGAACCACCGAACGCUAUAAUCAAGAAAUUGAAUGUUUCCUCGCCAUCUUUUGCCUAGAACACCCCGAUACGUGGAGUAACUUUCUCCCUAUCGCGGAGUUUGUGCAUAACGACAGAAGACAUUCUGACCGCGAACACACCCCAUUCGAACUCAUGUUUGGCAUUUCUCCACCUUUCAUCCCUCAAGCAUUCGAAGCUACAAAGUUUGGAGACGUUGAAGAACGACUUCGUGCGCUGGCAACAAUGAGAAAAGAAGCAGUAGAAGCGCAUAUCCUAGCCAAGGACCGUAUCAGCUCCAGGAUCAAGAGCAAAUUUACCCCUUUCAAGAAAGGCGAUCAAGUUUUCUUGUCAACCAAGUAUCUAAAAAUGCUUUGGACUUCGAGAAAACUGUCUCCGAAGAAGGCCGGACCUUUCAAGAUUACAGAGGUACUUGGACCUGUGACUUAUCGAUUGAAACUUCCGCCCCAAUGGAAGAUUCAUAAUGCGUUCCAUGCAUCCCUUCUAUCAUGCUUCGAAGAAACGGAAGAACACGGACCAGCUCACCCUCAUCCCCCACCUGACAUUAUGGAAGAAGAGGAAGAAUACGAACCCGAGGCAAUACUCAAACACCGAGGAAAGAAACCAAUUGAGUACUAUGUCAAAUGGAAAGGCUAUCCACAUGGAGAGAACACGUGGGAAACCGCUUCGCAAUUUACCCACUCACGAAAAUUGCUUCGCGACUAUCAACAAAAGCACAAGCUUCUUUGA